AGUACGUUUGUUCGGAUCCAUCACUUUUCAAAUGAAAGUACACAGGACUCCAAACACUUCCUCCGUUUCUAAUAUUUUUUAGAAAAAGAGCUGAGUUUCCAACCCUCCGACACACUAUUUCUUUGAACGCUUCUGUACACGAGAUCCCAACUACGGGACAUUCCUCCGUGUAAACAUUGCUGCUGCCGCCGUUCUCGCGAGACCCGAGCGUGUAUUUAUUAAUAGACCCCCCGGCUGAGCGUUAGACGAUCCGUCGAACUCUCCGUCGGCCAGGCCAGCAGGCAGUCUCUGCUCGGCGUUCUUGCGGCCAGGAACUUUACGUUUCGGACCGCGACCUGCACUACAGGCAAUGCCAUGAGACAUUGCCUUCGCCAUGAGCCGGCCAAUCUAUCACCAGGAGCCGCUGGCGCAGCCGCUUUUCUAUCAGCGCCCAGCUGUUAAUGUCCGCCGCCUACGACAUCCGCCGGGCAGUGUCUACGGACGCAGUUACUCGCUCGAGGAGCAGCAACAGCAGCAGCAGCUCGUCUUCGAGGAGGAUGUGGUCCCCGUCUAUCCAAAAUUCUUGUACACCCAGCAGCAGCAACAGCAACGGGCUCAGUACCCUUUAUACCAGAUCGGGGAUUCCCUCAGCUCGCUGGACAGUGACUAUACGGACAAUGAAUACGGUGGAGGUGCCUUUAUCGUAGAGCAGCCCACAUCCAAGUCCGCUCCCAAGGUGGUGCAGAACCUGAACGCCCUGGGCCGGAUGUUGGAGCUGCUGCAGCGCUGUCCUCUGCCCUGUCUGUCCUUCAACACGGCGUGCAUCUGCUCGCUGAUCGUCAUCUUUCUGUCGCCGCGUACUUGUGCCCAGAGUUUACUGUUUCCCGCUUUCAGAUUAUUUUGCGGCACCCUCUACCCGGCCUAUGCCUCGUACAAGGCCGUCAGGACCAAGGAUGUCAAGGAAUAUGUUAAGUGGAUGAUGUACUGGAUUGUUUUUGCAUUUUUCACCUGCAUUGAAACCUUUACUGACAUAUUCUUCUCCUGGCUGCCGUUCUACUAUGAGAUCAAAGUGGCCCUCGUCUUCUGGCUGCUCUCGCCGGCCACUAGAGGCAGUUCCACUCUCUAUCGCAAGUUCGUGCACCCGAUGUUGACGCGCCACGAACAGGAGAUUGAUGAGUACGUGAACCAGGCCAAGGAGCGCGGCUAUUCGGCGGUGCUGCAGCUGGGUUCCAAGGGAGUCAACUAUGCCACCAAUGUGCUCAUGCAGACGGCCAUAAAGGGCGGCGGCAAUCUGGUGCAGACGAUCAAGCGGAGCUACAGCCUCAGCGACUUGAGCGAGCCGGAUAUGCAUCGCACCCAGGACGAGUUGGAUAAUGUGAUGAUGUCGUCGAUGGUCUCAUCGGCGGUGGUAAUGCGUUCGCCAUCCACCGGAGGAAGGAUCUUGCGGCCACGCAAUCAAACUCCAGUUGGCCGAUCGGCCAGUGGCACGCGUCACUCCACUGGCAUGUACUUCACCGAGGUGGAUGUGACUUCCAAGAAUACGGGCGAUUUCAACUAUAACAUUCGCAGCCAGGAUGACAUCAGCUCCGGCUACUCGAGUGCCGAACCCGUUAGUGGUCUCAGCCGCACCUCCUCCAUGACGAAUGCUUCCAAGGCACGAGCCAAGUCAAAACGCAACGAGUUGCUAGAGGAGAUGAGGGACGAGGUCUUCUUGGACAACCAGCUUUAUUACCAAGGUGCGCAGAUGAUGGAAAGAUCUGUUCCAGGUUUACAGGCUCUCAAAAUUGUGGAGAGCUUCGAGAAACUACCGCUUUUGGAAGAAACUAAGAAACAAGAUGAUGACAAGGAGGUGGAGGAAUUGGAAGAUCCUGAAGAUGAGGACUUUUAUGAAGCUCUGCCUUUGGUAGAAGAAGGUCCUACCAAUGACUCUGAUGGUGUCAAGGAAAAUGAUUCAGUUUUCGAACCAAUAAAGGAGGAGGAGACACCAUCCCCUGCGCCAUUAUCCAUCCCUGAAGAAGUAAAACCAACCUCUAGUGGUGCCACCAAUGUCCUGCCCCCCAUAGAUCCCUUUGUGCUGGUGCUGAGCGCUUCAGCAUCUCAGCCAGAUCCGUUUUUACCAGAACGUCAGCGGCCAAUGUCGCCACGUGAAUUGCGCGACACCUUGGAGGAGAUCAAGCACAAUUUUCGGGCGCAGUUGGAGCCUGAAGCUUCCGUUUCAGCCUCACCAUCGCCCCUACUGCGACCCAAGGCCAGCCACGGCAAGGGGAGAGCUCCGCCGCCACCCUUGCCGCCAAAAAGGCACUCUCUGAGCCCCCAGCCAGAUGCCAUUAGCCAAACAUCAACGGGCAGCUUGGAGCGCAAGUCAGGUAUCGGACAACUGUUGAAGAAUAUCAAAGCUAAUGUGCUGCGUAACAAAGCUAAUCCCAGCCAUCAGCCGCCGCCAUCGGCGGAGGAUGAGCAGCUGGUGGCCAGAGAAACGCAGAUUUGAAGACAAAUCCAUGUCUGCUAGCUGCACCACCUUGCCCAGAUCCAGCAGCCGAAAAUCGGAAAAGUCUCAAAUGAGUGGAGCAACUGUCU